GACCAGACGCUUCAACUUUUUAUAUCAAUCGCGAGUGAACUGCUACAGCAAGGAAGUAUCCUCAGCUGAGCUGAGAUAUCCACCCCGGAGACAAAAGAGUCGAACGCUUUCCCCCCUCCUUCAAGCAACGUAUAUUUUGUAGGGGAUCUGUUUUUACAAGGCGGAACCACUAUUCUUUCGAUGUUGACAUCGUAGUUUUCUGAUUAAAAAGGCAUUGGACUCUAAACUUUUGCGUUUAGAGCGUAUGUAAGAAGUUCAAAAGCGGAUUUUCAGAUAUUUUACCGUUAUUAACAACUGUUAUGUCGCGCUACUGAAGCGGUUUAGGACAUGUCCGAUUCGUCCAGACGACAAAAUCAGUCCAAUGGCUCGACCAUCCUAAUUGAGAGAGGGAAAUACGGAGAAUUGAAUCCCGGUGGCGGAGCAGCCUCCGGUGCCGAACCGACUGACAACCCCCAGUUCAGCGAAGGGGAGCAGCAGUCACGGGGAGGAAUAAUGAUGCCGAAUAGUCUGCUUGGUUUCCAGUCGAGGUCGCCGUUGUUCAGAACACUGUCCAGGUCAUCCAGUGGAUAUUUUUCGUUCGACAGCGAUUCUAUUCCAAGCUCCCCGCUAUUGAAAGAUAAGUCGACACAGACUCCGAGCCCAUCUAGCCAAGUCAUGACUCACGCACUGCAGCGCAUGUCUCAAGCACAAGAGACCAAUCGAGAUUAUGACGCGUGGCCCAACCCCCUCCAUCCCUAUAGACCACGGCCACCGCCAACUGCAGGGGACAUGUGGCCAGAGACACUGAUUGGCCAGGAGCUUCAGCGCAUUGGUGAUGAGUUUAACGAUCUCUUCAUACAUGGGCGCCUUGCUGGCAGAAACGGUCAAGUUGCCCAGGCAAACCUGCAGGAGAUGCACCAAGAGCCUGCCUUCCUACUGUGGAUGGGGCUCCUGAUUGGACGACUAUUACAGAUCAUCCUGCAGAGAAGAUGAUGGGUAGACAGAAGCCCCAAUCCCAUUCCUGCAGCACCCAGCAGACACAUACUGUAGCACCUGGGAGAAUUAUGUCAAAAGACCCUGUACAUAUGUGAUUAUAUAAAAUGCUACAUUUUCAGAAUGGAUCCUCCUGCGUAGAUGGACCAAUACAAAUUUGUCUUGAUAGUUUUUAACCUUCAAUUGGCUCAAGAUUCCCUGAUCCAGGAUAAGUUGGAAUAGGGAAUGUGUACAGCUUUGGAGAAUACUUUCUUUGGGAAUUCUACAACAACUGGAAUUUUGCACCUAUGUUUCCUGCUCAGAUUUGGAAAGCUGAGCCUAAUCAAACCACCAAAGAUGGAGUGUCCUGUUGCAGAGCACUCACCGGGAUAAUGCCAUGUGGAUAAUGCUUUGUGGAGGUAAAUGUGCCUUGUACAGUUUCUCGCUUUUUUACUAAGCUGUUUUCUUUUUGUUGCAGCUAUUUAUUUUUCACCUAUGUAAUUUAAUUUGUUUGUGAGUUUGGCCAUGGUCAGAUGUGUCGAGUCUGCGCUGUGUCUGUUCCUCCUGGUUCUCAUGGCUUCUCACUGUUUCCUUUCCUCAUCCAAACAUCAUCUGCAAUUCUAAUUUGAUGCAACCAGUUCCACGGCCGGUUCCAUUGACCCAGACAUUUAAAUCUUAAUAUUAAAUAUGAAAUUAUUUGUACGCACCAUUUUUUAAAUGUAUUUUCUUUCCAAACAUAUUUAGUACAAUAGCAAGGAUGUUAGUAAUAAUUGUAAGAACAACAACAGCUGAAAACAUUGAUAGCAAAUACAAUGCCUAAAAUAAUCAUAUUUAAUUCAAUUAAAGUACAUGAAUUAGGGCAAAUAAUAUAAGUUCUUGAAACAACUUAUUUUACUGUUGUCUCACUUGUUUAACCCUGCCCCUUUUCAGAUGUCAAACAUAAUUGCUGUUAUCAUUUAGCAUUUAGCUUGGACAGGCUGUUGUCGGGGCUUUCAUAGCCCAGCUGACACUCAUGUUGGCCCGGCCAAGUCCUUCACAGCACUGCCAGGUCAUUAAAUGCUCAUAGAAGCUUUGCUGGAAGAGAACCAAACUCUGAGCACCAGGGGAGCAGGGCUUUGUCAAUGGAGAGCCAUGAGCUAACAUUAGCCAGAGGAAUAGGCAGAGAGAGCCAAUGGGUUCAAUACAGGUUUUAAUGGAUGGGAUGACUUGCAGUGCUUGAGAACUUAGAUCGAUAGACAGGGAUAAAAACCACCCAACAACCUUGAAGGAUCUAUAUCCAAAUUCUUGAAAAUGUGUUGUAUUUCUGAUCUGUGGUAGUAUGAAUGGGUUUUUUAAGGCCCAGUGCAGUCAAAAUCCUGUUUUUCCUGUGUUUUGAUGAAACUAUCCCUUUAAAAGUGUGAAGGAAUUUGAGGCAGUAUAAGUUAAUAUAUACCAAUAACAAAGAGUUCCAACCUCUUUGCCAAUAACAUUUAGUUUUCAGAUUACAUACUCAGACCACUCCAACAGUCCUAACAAAAUUAUUGCUAGAGAAAUAGUUUUUGCUAAAAAGCUAUUUUUGUUUCCUUUCUACAGUUUUAAUGGAAAACUAUUACAGUAAGGCACUUGCUUAAUUGUUACCCAGAAAUUAUUUGAUAUUGAGAUAAAAACAGAUGCAUUGGGCCUUUAAGGAAAAACAAAAAUUGAAGUAGGAUUACUUUGAAUGUUACAUGCUACCACAUUGUGCACCAUGGGUUGGUUGGAAAUGUUAUGUGUCCUCGUGUGAGCCAAAGAUUGAUUACACUGUAAUUUUGCUGGUUAGAUCUUAUUGUAUAGUACAGUAUAGGCGUGGUUCAGUCCAACUGCCUUGGCCACCCUUUUGAUUCCAUUGCCUCAUAUUUGUCAGUCUGCCAGUAUUUGAUUUGAAAAUUCAUUUCACACCCACAGUUCAAUAAAUGUUAUCCAUGUAAUUAAAUGUUAACGGUAUAAAAUGUGCUGAUAAAAGCCUAUCUUUAAAAUAACAUAGCACUUACAGCUCAUUAGAGGUUUUAAUUGCCAAACAUCUGCCUUUUAGAAUUUUUUAUUUAAAAAAACUUUUUUUGCCGAUCAUGUAGACAAAAUGUAAGGUAUUAGUUGAUGAAAUUAUCUGCAAACCCAAUUUUUAUUGAGAAGCGUAUCAUUCCGUCAUGUUCUUCUUUGUACCAAAAUUGUACUGCUCGGCCAUGUCUUUUAUAUAUUGUAUGACUGUCUUUUCUUUUUUGGUGUUGUCAAAUGAAACCAAAAACCUCAUUUCAAAGUUGUGUAUGUCAGAAGGGUGUAGUCGAGUCUAGUGGCUUUCCAAGAGAACAACUGAAAGCUGAAUUUUCACCUUCUGAAACUGAUAUGGAAACUUCUCAGACAGUCAGCCAAUGGUUCCAUGUACUCUAGAUAUCAAUCCAUUGAGUGACAGCAUAGUCCAUACUUCUUAAUGGGUAGAGACCAGACCAUAGAUAGAAAUAGCAUUUUUCCCAGACACAUACAAUAACUUAAUUUUGAUCCGCAACAUUCCCAAGUUGUCCUUAGCAAGAGCCAUGAAUUUCAACCAGUGUCAUGUCAUCUUGGUGGAGGAAGUGCAGGUGUGUCCCUCUUGCACUAUGAUUACUGUCCCAGAAUUCUGUCUGUUCAGGACACUUUUGCACUGAGCGCAGUCUGACAUAAACUGAUUUAUCUGACUCACAGGACCCAGUACAUUUGUAGCAAAAUGUAAAUUUCUUUCAGUUUUUUUUGCACUGAAAUGUUUUAAGGUUGUGAUUUAAAUUGUGCAUAAUGCUGUGCCUGUAUAAAGCUUUUUUUCAUCUUUUUAAAAA